AUGUCCCAAUUUUCUGCUAUAGUUGGACCACUUUUAAAAAGCAACCUUGUGAGCCAGCAGCAAGCAUUCCUCUAUGUCAGCGAUCCACAAGGCACUAGAGCUACCAUCGGAAGCACCACGACCCUAGCCUGUCGAGUCGGCUGGCGAGACGCGCUCGGACGCGCCUGGAAUGGGCCAACUCCGCCAGUCCAAGUCCAGUGGAUAAUCAAUGGAUUUGGGUAUCGAUCAGAUCUACUCAGUUCCAGCUUCCAGGGAAGAGUGGAACUCCACAGUAAUUCUUCCAGAGUUACAGGUAUUUUCGACUUGAUUAUCCACAGUGUCCAUGCUGAAGACGAAGGCCUAUACGCCUGUCAGGCGCAAAUCUUGUACCACAACCUGCCAAACAGUGAAAACGCCACCGCGUUACUACCUGCUGGUGUGACUGGCAUGAUGUUUGUCCGAAGCAAAGAGGUCAAACUAGUGGUCAUUUGUAAGUUGGACAAAACUGACAUAAUCGCGAUGCGUGUUUUCCCUCAAGAUCCCCCCUUGCGGUUUGGUCUAUUUGGUGGAGAGUUGCUGACGCCAGACCUGCCCCCAAUGCCAAUCUCCCAAGGUUUCGUGCAAUUUGCAAAACCGACGUUUUUUACGUGCGCAAGUGAAGCGUCACGGCCGGCCGCGGUGCUAGAAUUAGCCGUCAAUGCAACUCCUCUUGCCGUAGCCGGAGUCGAGUCAACUAGAUGCGCAUCAGAAAGCGGAGAAGGGCAGUGGUGUGCUAAAAGUUUGUUAACUUUUCAAUUUCCUGCCUUCGAUGUCACCGUAGCAAAGUACACCUCCAGUGUCUGCCCCGAAAUGGUUGCAGCCAAACUGUCUCCAGGUCUGAUGCACGGGUGUUCUCGUAAAUUGCUAGACAUUCGAAAUGUAAGCAUUAUUCCCAUUUCUUCGGUGGACGGAUUUGGCGACGCAUCUACGGCCAACUUUCGAUGCAUGGGCUUCAUCUCCCGACUGCCCCACCAACGCAUAACUCUCAGAUGGAAUAUUGAGAGAACUCGGAUGGAUAAAGUGCCCAAACUCUACCUGCAAGACGGAGGCACGUUGAGUCGAUUCUACUCGGAUUUGGAGUUGCAACAAACGCGAGCGGGCAUUGCCUCAGUUCUUCGUUGUACGGUGAUGUCAGAGGCGACGGUUUUCCCCUACCAGGAUGCCAACUCCAAUUUCCAAGUUGUCUCUAAGUCAAAGGAAAUUAAAAUUGACCUGUCUAUGCAGUCAUUCCAGGAGUCACCUAUUUCCCUCCGAGUGGAGAAUCGGCGUUGUCACAGAAGACGAACAAAUUUCUUGGUGCACUUUGGAUUACGCAGAAAAAAUAACCUUGUCGUGGGCAAGCCUCGGGCAAAUCGGGCCAACCUCAAACAAAACGCGGGCGUUUUUGUACAAACGGAGCCUUUCACAGAGGCACUACUACACGGGCCCCUGUUCCCCCGCGUUGACCAAUCACAGCUCGGUGUGUGA